AUAAAAGAACAUUGCUUGUAAAAGUCCUUCAUAUAUUUUAGAAAUGGGCUACAGAGCAUCGAUUUGAGCUUUCAGGGACCUCCCUUCACAAUCUUAACACUUGAUAUUUGGAGGAGAACUCAGGUGGACACAGUAGAAAUAGACAAGCCAAUCAGGUUCCUCCGUUCCGUCGGCCAAUGACAGACGCCACAUUGUUGUCAAAUUUGUCUAAUGAAAACGUAGGAGCAACAAUAGAGAGGGAGCAGGGGAUCUGUAUCCACUGACAAUCUCUGGAGGAAGUUAGUGUCUCAGGCUGCACCGUGUAACAACCUCAGCUCGCGGACACUCCAAACUUCACUCGAAGAAGGAGCUGCUCCUCGGACUGACUCCGGCUCAGUGUGGAUCCUCUUGGGCUAUAGCGCGCGCGCACGUACACCAGCCUGCUCUUUUUGGACAGUUUCCAGUCGUUUGAUCGAUCUCAGCUUUUCAACACCUGAACAAACCUGCUCUGUGCCAUGACCAGUGCGGAGCAGAUGUGAGCCAUUCACCAACUCACAUCUAAUACUUUCUACCUCUGCUCUUCUAUUGUGCGUAAACCUCAUAGAUCGACUUAAUCGAAAGACGUUAGCCAUGGAUUUGAGACCGGAGCUUCCCACAGCCUCCUCUGCCUCACAGGUGCACCCUGGAGCGACCUCCAUCCCAGUGUCUAUGGCCAGCAACCUGCUGCGCGGCCCUCCGCUUUUACUGCGUGCCGCUGACAAAUACCCGCGCACCCCAAAGUGCGCACGCUGCCGGAACCACGGCGUGGUGUCCGCGCUGAAGGGCCACAAGCGCUACUGCCGUUGGAAAGACUGUAUGUGCGCCAAGUGUACACUGAUUGCGGAGCGGCAGCGCGUUAUGGCAGCACAGGUAGCCCUGAGGCGGCAGCAGGCGCAGGAAGAGAACGAGGCCCGAGAGCUCCAGCUCCUCUACGGCACCGCGGAAGGACUAGCGCUGGCCGCGGCAAAUGGCAUCAUUCCCCCGCGACCAAACUACGAGGUGUUUAGCUCUGUGAGCAACGAAAGCAACUCAGAAUCAAGUCUUCAGAAGUAUGAACUUUUUCCGAAGAGCCAGCUCUCGGGUCCCUCCACUCCUCCGCAAAGCGGAGGAAAAGGCGCGUGCACUGACAGUGACCCUGCGCCAGGUAUGUCCUCUCCGGAUGGGCGCCACGCGGGCUCAGGCUCAGAGAACGGGGACAGCGAGUCUCUCAUUAGUUCUCCAGUGUCCAAACCGGUGAAAGACGGCGAGGACACCGCCGGCUCUAUCAGCUCCUUAGGCUCUGACUCUGGCUCUGACACGGACAAGGACGAGCACGAACCAACUGCAUCUGCAGCCUCGCGCCACAUGAACGCCAUUGACAUCUUGACGCGCGUGUUUCCCAGCCAUAAGCGCAGUGUACUAGAACUGGUCCUGCAGGGCUGUGGCCGAGACGUGGUGCAGGCGAUCGAGCAGAUACUGAACAACAAGACGGGCUCCGAAGAGCCGUGGGCAGCGGAAAAGGGGCUGCAGAGCGCACAGCCUCCUCCAUCCUCCUCUGCACCCACCGCACCCGCUAGACCCAUGCUGCCCGGUGCCAUGACGCUCAGCACCCGCUCGGCCUUUUCUCCACUUCAACCCAACGCACCGCAUUUUGGCGCUGACCCUAGCACUUAUCCGCUGGGCGCACCCCUGGGACUCAACCCACUGCGCCUCGCGUACUCCGCGCACAGCCGCGGGCUCGCCUUCAUGGCCCCCUACUCCACUACAGGUCUCGUGCCCACUCUUGGCUUCAGGCCUCCCAUGGACUAUGCUUUCAGUGACCUGAUCAGAGACAGGACAGUAUUACACAAAGAGCAGGGCUACAGCGGCCUGUACGGUCCCCUGGUGAACAACACACCGGACAAACAGUGAAAGGUCCACGCGCACCUCAUUGACACUUGUCAUGUGAACUGUAGUGUUAAAUGCUCUGGCAACGUGUGUAAUGUGUAUUUGCCACUGACUAUUGUAAAUAAUAGGAUUAUCCGCCCGAUAGUGACUUUGUCCAAGUGGACGAGCCCACCUUGCUGAUAUCAUUUUGUUUUGUUCUAGUUAUUUCCGACAGACAUUCCAUUUCAGCGCAUUUGUCAAUAAAAUCUGAACGAUGCCAAAUCCUGCAAGCUGGCGAAGUGAAGAGUAAACACCAAUAAGCCACUCGGAGGCUAUGCAUUUAUUACAGUUUUCAUGUGAAUCUGCAGGAUUUAUCGUUCAUUUGAACAUUCCCUUCUCUCUGAAUGUGGCCACUCUGAGGCUUAAGUUAUUAUUCAAUGUGUAGCUCCCGAAUGUUAACCCUAUAAGAGACUGCUGUUGUCAAGCGAAAUAAUGAUGUGUGACUGGCUGCAUUUCCUCCCUUUUAUUUCUGUUUUAGUUUAUUCCCAAAUGCCUGGCUGUAUUAUAUAGCUUAUAUCAUAGAUUUGCUAAACUGAAAUGCUCUGGCUUUUCCUAUGUCGUUGG